AUGGCGGCGGGUAACGAUGACGACGAAGGCGGCGGAGGGGACGGGGACCCCGAGUUCUGUCCCGCGGAGCUGUCCCCGGGGCCCGGCAGCAGGAGGAGCGCCGACAGAGCCCUGGAGGAGGCCGCCAGCACCGGGGUCCUCAAUCUGUCUGGCCGCCGCCUGAAGGAGCUUCCCGGGAGCGCCCGCAACAGCGACCUGACUGACGUGACCCGAGCCGACUUAUCCAGGAAUCGUUUCUCGGAGGUCCCCGGAGAUCUGUGUCACCUGGUGUCACUGGAAUAUCUCAACCUGUACCACAACUGUCUCCGUAGUCUCCCUCCAUCACUGUCCAACCUCCAGGUCCUGACUUACCUGAACAUCAGUCGGAACCACCUCGCCUCUCUGCCCCUGUGCCUCUGCCGUCUCCCCCUCACCGUCCUCAUCGCCGGUAAUAACAAGCUGAACUCCAUCCCCGAGGAGGUGGGCGCCAUGACCAGUCUCCGGCAGCUGGAUGUCAGCUGUAAUGAGAUCCAGUCUCUGCCGCCACAGAUGGGAUCCCUGCAGUCACUGCGAGAGUUAAAUGUCCGCAGGAAUCGUCUGACGUCGCUGCCUGAGGAGCUUUCUGAGCUGCCACUGACUCGUCUCGAUUUCUCCUGUAACCAUGUCGCCCGCAUUCCGGUCUGUUACCGUCACCUGCAGCACCUUCAGACGGUCAUACUGGACAACAAUCCCCUGCAGUAUCCACCUGCUCAGAUCUGCCUUAAAGGGAAAGUUCACAUAUUUAAAUACCUGAACAUGGAGGCUUGCAGUAAACCUGCCGCAGACCUGGGGCAUCUGGGAAAGCUGAGCCGCCCCACAAGCUUUACUACAUGCCUCACCGAUGACCUGUUUUCCUCUCGUGGCCUGGACUCCGGCUUCAAUAGCGUGGACAGUGGCAGCAAGCGGUGGUCUGGCAAUGAGUCCGCAGAUGAGCAGUCGGACCUUUCCUUCAGAGUUUCCAGUCUGAGCAAAGACACCCGGCAGUUCAGAGAGAAGGUCAACGGCGGAGAUGGAGACGGUGAGCAGCCGCACUUCACAGACUGCACAAACGAGGAAGAUGAAGAGAAGUCGGACACCGGCCUCCAGAUGGUCGUAACCCCCCAAGAUAAGCGAAAACCUGACCUACAUUCUACACCGAGGACAGAGGACAAGACUCUGGUCUGUAGUCCAGAGCCCCCUCCGCCGACGCUGUGUGCCAGGUCAGACCACCCCACGGAAGAGAGGCGCAGGCCGGAGACGCUGCUUAUCUGGAAGGAGAGAGAGCGGCAGCAGCAGCUUCAGCAGAGGCAGGAGAACCUGCGGAGACCUUCUGUGGAUAGGAAGGAGAGCCUGCAGAGAAACCCACCCUGCACGUAUUCCCCUCAGAGUGAUAUGGCCAAUGGCCCGUCUGAUAACUGCACCAGAGGCCGGAGUCAGGGAUGUCCGAGCAAUGCGCAGAGUCCGGCCCAGCCUACCUCGCUGCCCGCAGACUCCUCUCCCACUCAGAAACCCAACAGUUUCCUGUUCCGCUCUUACUCCCGUGGAGCUGUCCGAAACACAGCAGGCUCUGAGCAGGGCACCGCCGAGCAGUCCAGUCCAGUGCGGUUACGAAGUUCUCGACCUCCGCCGGAUGAGAAGGCCUUAGUAGCACAGCUCCGCAAGGACAUUGAAUCCCAUCUGAAGAUCACCCUGGAGGAGCCGCUCUGCGAGUGUCUUGCCAACGGCGUCACCCUGUGCCAGCUGCUGAACAACCUGCGCCCCCGCUUCAUCCCAUUCAUCAACGUGCCCUCACCUGCUGUGCCAAAACUCAACCCUGUCAAGUGUAGGAAGAAUGUGGACAGCUUUCUGGAUGCCUGCCGGAGGCUGGGGGUGCCUGAGCGAGACCUCUGCUCGGCCUGUGACAUCUUGGGAGGUGAGCGUCCACACGUCGUACAGAGGACCGUUUCCUCUCUCCUGCUGCUGUGUGCCUCCAGAGAAGCCUCCGCCCUCCCCGGCGUGGAGGCCACGUGUCCUCCAUCCCUCCAGCUGCUCUAUCAGCACCAUGGCUUCCUGCUGUUCUACGUUCUGCUAAUGCUGACACUUUAUGUGGCCUACAGCCGACUGUCUCUCUAGUAGCGGGGACGUCCCACCAGGAGCAAGCAGCCCUGUCUAGCCUCCAUGACCGGGCUCUCCCGGCUCUGCGGAUCUCUCACGUUUCUCGCCCUCCAAACACUACAUCCUUCUCCAGCCUGUGAUACGUCUGCGGCCCAGGGCCGACGCUCCAUGUACGGUGCCUUAUCCCGUCAGCGCUGCGCCCCCUGAUUAUAGAUCAGAGGUUUCGGGGUGUACGCCUAGAGGAAUGACAGACGGUUACCCCCUCUCCAUGAUGUUACAGAACUUUAAGACUUGGACAUAUAAAGAGAAGCAGAAUUGUCACUACACAAUGGUGGGUUCAGGGGGUAAAUGUGGCAGUCGUUACUGCCCUCCACACUCCCUAGAAGUGCCAGACUGGCCUCAGACACGAUUCACUAUGCAUAGCGCCGUGUGCCUUAUUGCCGGCGACCAGCCGGACGCCCCACGUCUUGGGAAAGCUCAGGUUCCUUGUAAGGAGUCUGCUCCGCCCUUGUUACCUUUAGUACCUAGUGCCUUAUAUCUUCCCCCUGAUCCGUCUGCAGGAUAGAGAGACUGCGCAUUGGGGACAGCAGGUGGACGGAAUAGAUUAUAGUCUAUAGCCAAGCGUCUCCCAUGCAGUGAGCCACCCGUGGCCCGUCUACGCCUUAGGUAACGAGUACCGGCCACGGGCCUGUCUGUAAGGCCAUUAUAUAUAUAUAUAUAUUGUAUAUGGAACUGCCUUACAUAGAGAUGUACUAGUAAUGAUUCUAAUAUAUUGUAUAGGAAUUAGUUUGUGAUAAUGCACUGAGCACCUCUAGUGCCUGCGGAGUAGAUCCCCCAUAUACAAUGCACACUAUAUAUUUAUAUCUACACACACCCGGGGUAUACACUGAUAAACCUGCUGCACUGUACAGUGAUGACGACUCUGUGUACGUUUUUAUUUAUGAUUAAACUCUGCUGUAAAUGAG